AUGGAGUUCACGGCAUCGCCCAAGCCCCAGCUUUCUUCCAGGGCCAACGCCUUCUCCAUCGCCGCGCUGAUGUCCAGCGGCGGCUCCAAAGAGAAGGAAGCAACGGAGAACACUAUAAAACCACUGGAACAAUUUGUUGAGAAGUCUUCCUGCGCUCAGCCCCUGGGAGAGCUGACCAGCCUAGAUGCUCACGGGGAGUUUGGUGGCAGCGGUGCGGGCAGCAGCAGCCCCUCCUCCUCCUCUCUGUGCACUGAGCCACUGAUCCCCACCACCCCCAUCAUCCCCAGCGAGGAAAUGGCCAAAAUUGCCUGCAGCCUGGAGACCAAGGAGCUCUGGGACAAAUUCCAUGAGCUAGGCACGGAGAUGAUCAUCACCAAGUCUGGCAGGAGGAUGUUUCCUACCAUCCGUGUGUCCUUUUCCGGUGUGGAUUCUGAGGCCAAGUACAUAGUCCUGAUGGACAUCGUCCCUGUGGACAACAAGAGGUACCGCUAUGCCUACCAUCGGUCCUCCUGGCUGGUGGCUGGCAAAGCGGACCCUCCACUGCCAGCCAGGUUGUAUGUACAUCCAGACUCCCCUUUUACUGGCGAGCAGCUACUCAAACAGAUGGUGUCUUUUGAAAAGGUGAAACUCACCAACAAUGAACUGGAUCAGCAUGGCCAUAUAAUUUUGAACUCAAUGCAUAAGUACCAGCCACGGGUGCACAUCAUUAAGAAGAAAGACCACACAGCCUCAUUACUCAAUCUGAAGUCUGAAGAAUUCAGAACAUUCAUCUUUCCAGAAACAGUUUUUACAGCAGUCACUGCCUACCAGAAUCAACUGAUAACCAAGCUGAAAAUAGAUAGUAACCCUUUUGCCAAAGGAUUCCGGGACUCCUCCAGGCUCACGGACAUUGAGAGGGAAAGUGUGGAGAGCCUAAUUCAAAAGCAUUCCUAUGCCCGCUCACCCAUCCGUACCUAUGGAGGAGAAGAGGAUGUGCUGGGGGAUGAGGUUCAGACAACACAAAAUCGAGGAUCAGCCUUUACAACAUCUGAUAAUUUGUCUCUUAGCUCCUGGGUAUCGUCUUCAUCCAGUUUUCCUGCAUUUCAGCACCCACAGUCCCUGACUGCUCUCGGCACCAGCACGGCAUCCAUAGCAACACCCAUUCCUCACCCUAUACAGGGCUCUCUGCCACCAUAUAGCCGACUUGGGAUGCCUCUGACCCCAUCAGCCAUUGCCAGCUCCAUGCAGGGGAGUGGCCCAACAUUCCCCUCAUUCCACAUGCCCCGGUAUCAUCACUACUUUCAGCAGGGGCCAUAUGCUGCUAUCCAAGGACUGCGCCAUUCUUCUGCUGUGAUGACGCCAUUUGUAUGA